GCAGGAGAUCCCUGUGCGGCCGGUAUGGGAGGUCACAGCCAAGACAGCCAUGCCAGCCCGGGAGGACUGGCAUGCCAUGGCAGCUGGACGGCGUCUGGACGGCGAUCAGAGGCUGCGGUCGGCCAUUGUGGCAGCGCCAGCACUGUACUGGGGACUUUGGCGAAGGCAGAGAGGUGGUGAAUUUCGGGAAACUCGACGUCGAGGUGGUCCCAAUGGCCCCAGUGGCUGGACAGCCUGUCGCUGUGCUCCCAAUGCCAGGUCCAAAUCACUGCUCAACGAGGAAUCUGCCGAGGAGGCAAUUCGUCGACUGAGUCAUGAGAUCAGUGAGGCCAUCGCAGUGGACGACGCUGCAAGGGCUCAACAGGCCCAGCGCGAGCUGUUGCAGAUCCAAUUGGACAAGCCGUCAGUUGCAUGCAGACAUCUAAUUCGUGAGGACUGCAUUUCGGCCUCUGCCUUGCUACGUCUAGGCGAGAGAGUUCCCAUUCGAGCUCGGGUGCAUGCCGUGAAGAAGCUCGGUAGGUGGCUGCGGUGGCCCCAAGCCGCCAAGAAGGACUUGGUGCCCGUCUCCAUCAUUUUAGAAGGCCUGCUGCACGCCCUCCGCUCCGCCCCAGAGGUGGCCUGGACGGCUCAGUGCGCCCUGUUUCACGUGGUCCGUUGUAACGUGGAGGCACAGAACGUAAAGGAAGCAGCGCGAGGCAAAGUCGCUCGCAUGCUGCUGGAUGGGAACACGGACUUCCCCCUGUGUCUUCCUGAGCUAACGGAACGCGCUGCGAAGGCGUACGACGCCGCGUUACGGGUCUCGAUGGUUCGGUGUUUCUUCACCCAGUUGCAGUCACUCACUUUGAUCGAUCCCGGCUACGGCGAGAGCUGGGAGACGUAUGAUACGGCGCUGCUGGGGAGUUUUGCCCAGCGCUUGGGCAAAAGCCUCUACAGCUUGAGGUCCUUGAAGGUCUUUGGCUUUGAGGACUGCGCCAUCAAACUGAUCCUGCCGUCCCUGUGGAUGCCCAAACUCAGGUCUCUGAAGAUGGUGGGCUGCUGCCAGCAGAAGCAGUCCCAAAAGGCCAUCCUGACCCUCAUCAACAGAAAUCGCUCUCAACUGGAAGAACUCGAGUUAAACCUCUGGACAGACGUCAUUGAGGCAGAAGAUCCCGUCACGGAGCUUGAACUCCUCCCCAAGGUCACACGCUUGUCGCAGCGGGUGCCCUUGUUGCCGACAUGGCGCCACUUUGGACAACUUUGCCCUUUGCUCGAGGAGCUCACCUUUGUGUACGACCAAGACAUCGCCCUCAAUGCAGCGGAGGUCUUGAUUGAUGUGGAAGAUCCCAGUGAGGAAGCGGAGAUGUUGGCUGAGAGAACGAAGCACAUCUACCGAGAUGCCGUACGCUUUGCCGCACAGCUCCACGCCGGAGGAUUUGAAGGGCUGGCCCAAAGCUGCCCCCAUUUGAAGGUGAUUCGCUUCAAGAUGUGGGAUAACUCCUUUGGCUACAACAGCGCCCCCGCCCAGGAACACUUCAGUAUCAGCUGGAGGCGGUCCGAGAACCCCCGAAGGCCCUUCCUGCGGAACAGCCACGAAAACAACGCCACGCGGACCAUCCUCGAGGAGCGGGCACAUGCCGUCCACCAACGGGAAUGGACCGAAGAGGAGUUGGAGGAGGGCCGGGACGUCACAGAGGAGGAGGCCAUGGCUGCGGCAGCUGCAGCCAUGCUCCAGGUCAUGCGGUGCUUUGAUGAUGCCAGUUUGGAAGCAGAGUUAGGACUUUGAAUCUGUUCAUUUCAGCCGAGCCCUGUCUGGAAGGGGACGGCGCAGCACUGCAGCACAGCAUGUGGCGGCCGAACAACAGGUCCCCACCGGUGAACAACAUCCGUAUGCCGGUGGUGUUUCAAAGCUGGAAAAGAUGAAAAACCACCCAGGUUCGACAGAUGCGCGAUGUCCCCACC